CCGCCAGUCGCUGAAAGGACACACAAGCAGCAGCUCCAAUUUGCGAAAACGAAACGAACUGUUGCAGCCGCUGGCGAUGUGGUACUAGCAUAGCGCAAAAUGAGACGCAUUCCGGUGUGGGCCGCCAUGGCCCAACUUCUGCUGCUCGGCCUGGCCGUGCAGCUGGGCGCCAGCGCAUCCUCGUCGCCGCCAGCCGGCGCCUGGUCGCGUUCGCUCUUUGGACGCAAUUCGCGCAAUUUGUUGCAUCGCAGCGCGUCGCCCGAUGUGGGCGGCGUUGGCACAUUUGAUAUGAUUACCGGCAAUCUGAACAAUGCGGGCUACAAUAACGAAUACGGCCAAUUGUUUGCCAUGGACCGGGAGCAGCCGCAGCCGCAGCAGCAGCAGCAAAGUCAGCCGGAAAAACAACAGCCGCAGCCGCCGCUGUCCGCGCAACUGCGUCAGCCACAGGCCGAGGUCUAUGGGAUUGUGGAGCCCCUGAUUGAGGACACGCCCUGCGCGAAUCGCGCCUGCCUGCUAAACGAUGAUUGCUGUCCCACUGGGGUCUGCGUUCACACAUAUGGCGAGGGCAAAUGCGUUUACGUGUUUGGCCAUCAGCGGAAUCUGUGCCAACGGCACGCAGACUGCGCGCCGGGCAGCGCCUGCAUGCUGGCCACCCAGGAGGGCAUUUGGCGCUGCGAGGCGGAGGCGCCCCUAAUGCCGGAUGUGCUGCAUGUGCGGCCCAAGCAGCCGCUGGGCAGCGAAUGCAGCAGCACCAGCGACUGUCAAGUAAUCAACGGCAUGUGUUGCCAGCGACAGCGUUUGCAUCAUCGCGGCUCGUCGAAGCUAAGCUGCGGCUACUUUCGCGACGCCUUCGACUGCGUGGAUGUGACCCAAGAGCACAUGGCCAGCGUUUUUCAGCAGCGCCACAACUGAGCGGCAGGCGGAAAAUUGAAGGAGCAUCAAGAAAAUGAAUUCAACAAUCUUUUACUGAAGACAACUUAAAGGCAACGGCAAACGAUUAAAUUAUUAUUAUAUUAUAUUAUUAUAAGGAAAUUCAAAUUCGUUAACAUAUCAAAUGUUCAACAAAUGCAUAUCACUCUUGUUGUUUACAUAAACGAAUAUACAAAUAUAAAUAUAUAUAAAUAUCUAAAAUGAACUAAUUAAAGUAAAUUAUAUUCAACACAAUUAUAAUAAUCAAACGAGAUUUUCAGUGUGUUUUGUCGUAGAAACAAUUAUAUUAAUCAGACAACAAAAUAAAUAUGAAAUUAUGAAAAAAAAAAAUAAAAAUUAAAUACUGACUGAGGCAUUCAAUGUUAUUACAGCAAGUAUUAGACACAACAAUUUUAUUCGCAAAACUCUUAAUGUUAUCCAACAAAAAUAUACUCAAUUAAAAAUUAAUUAAAAAUGAAUAUCGAAAUUAAUAAAUUAAUUAACCAUGUAGCCAAAGACCAUAACCGAAUUGUGAACUGUAUCUUUUCAAGCACUUUGCGUUCCCCAUUCGCAUCAAGUCAAGUCUAACAAAAUAUAUGUACCCAUAUAUAUAUACAUAUAUAUUUAAUAUAUAUAUGUAAAUGUAUUUUAUAAAAACAAAUGCUAAAAUGUUAAUGAAGAAUUAAAGUCAACAAAUAAAGACAACAAGUGUAAGGCACGCUUAAAGUGCAAA